AUGUUGAGAGGCUUAGUUCUAGCUGUUUUUUGGGCGAUAUUAUGCUACACGGUUGUUGUCGGACACAACGUUUUGAGCCUCUCUAGAGUUCUUUCUGAGGACCUCGAGACGGAGGAGCUGGAACCGGUUAAAGCAUGUGACCUACUGAGAUUCAGCACCACCUUACAUGGAAAAGGCACCCCAAAAUACUCACUUUUGGGAACCUUCCGUGAUCCCUACAUUGGAGGUUAUAUUAUACAACAAUUGUUGGGGUCUCCACCUAGAAAGCUUCAUGUCCAGAUAGACACCAGAAGCAACGAUCUUUGGGUUAACUGCAAACCCUGUUCCAACUGCCCGUGGAAAUCAAAGCUUGGGUUUAGGCCUAAUUUAUUCCAUCCAGAACUAUCCUCCACUUCUAUGCCAUUGUCUUGUUCAGACCCAACAUGCGACUCUCUGCUGGGUCAAUGUACAAGAAUAAUAGAUGGGUUUGAUUUGUGCGAAUUUUCAGAGACAUACGAGGAUGGGAGGGGAGCAUUCGGUUACUAUCUAACUGACAUGCUGCACUUUGAUGUUUUAAUGCCGAGUGAUUCUGCUUUGUAUAGGCCUAAUUUAUUUCAUUCAGAAUUGUCCUCCACUUAUAUGCCAUUGUCUUGUUCAGACCCAACAUGCAUCUCUUUGUUGAGUAAAUGUGCAAGUAUAAGAGAUGGGUCUGAUUUGUGCGAAUUUUCAGAGGAAUACAGCGAUGGAAGGGGAGCAUUUGGAUACUAUCUAACCGAUCUGUUGCACUUUGAUGUUUUAGUGCCGAGUGAUUCUUCUUUAGUGCAAAAAUCUUAUCUCUCUUUCUUUUUGAUAAAUAUUGCACUUGCAACAUUCUCAAGACCGAUAGACUAUAACGGCACCAUAUGCUAUAAAAUGCCAAGCAGGUUCUAA